ACUGACAGUGCUCUUGCGAUCAAUAUUUUGACACCGAAAUUAGUCUCUAGCAUAAUUCCAAAACGUGAUGUCUAAAAUUUCCUAUCGAUCCAUACACUUUUCGGCACCACAUUGUACAUGUAUGACUAUCCGCAUUUAAAAUCACUCGAUAUCAAAAAGAAGGUUGUAUACAGUGUUGUUGGCAGUGCAUUGUUCAGCUUGGGCUCUGUUUUGGUUUGGGCAAUUAUUCACAGCUCAAUUCCAAAUAACGCUGUCGUUGGCACCAUUGUAGGACUUGGAUCUGGUUAUGGCAUUGUACGAAUUAGCUACGAAUAUUUGAAACAUGUUGAUGAAUUGGCUGAAAAAGCUGUACCUGCCGUUGGAAGUGCAUCCGAUUAAAAUCGAUACUUACUUUUAUAGAUUCAUACAUAUAGAUCGGUUUUUGAUUCACCCCGAUUUAAAACAAAAUACACACAUACACAUAUUCUCAAUGGAAACAAAACUAAAAUAGAGAAGAAAAAAAAAUGUUCGUAUCAUUUUGGUUAAUAUAGAUAUUGUUCCAUGUUUGAUUCAGGGCAUAGCACAAGAGUCAAAUAAACAUAUCGAACAAAAAAAUACAUUAAAUGGAUUUAUUCUUUUA